AUGUCUGGACGUGGUAAAGGUGGUAAAGGACUUGGAAAAGGGGGUGCAAAAAGACAUCGAAAAAUUCUUCGUGAUAAUAUUCAAGGAAUAACAAAACCUGCUAUUCGUCGUCUAGCACGUCGCGGAGACGUAAAACGUAUCUCAGGUCUUAUCUACGAAGAGACAAGAGGAGUCUUAAAAGUAUUUUUGGAACAUGUUAUUCGUGAUGCGGUCACUUAUACUGAACAUGCGAAAAGAAAAACUGUUACAAGUCUGGAUGUUGUGUAUGCUUUAAAACGGCAAGGACGUACAAUUUAUGGGUUUGGCGGAUAA